AAGAAUCAUCAACCAACACUCACCUGUGUUAGUCAGUUGUAUGCCCCAAAGGUAGCUUCUUGUUAUCGAAUACUAGCCGGCUAAAGAUAAACAAAAUGAGAGCUACCACAAUCUGGGUAGUCUUUACACUCUUCAUUGUAAUCUACCAAGCUUCGGCUCUUCCUCUCGCUUCUCAUAAACAAGAAGCUGAAGAAGUAAAAACCCCCGAGGUUCAAAAACAGGAAGACAAAGAAGUAAAAGAACAAGAUAAGGAACAAGAUGAUGACGAUAAGAAGGAAGCCGAUCAGGAAUCCGAUGAUAGCGAAAGCGACGCAUCUGGGGACGACGAAGACCAAGAAAACGAAGAUGUAGAUUCAGACAACAAUGAUGAAGAUGGAAGCGCUAGUGCUGACAAACCUACAAACGACGAUGAUUCUAAAGAGAGAAACCAAAGAUCAGCUGAAGAAUCAGGUGAAGCACCAACCAAAGCACUCGCCACAAAAAAGAAGACAAAUGCAGCAAGACACCAUGCAAGGAGAGGAUCAAGACGUUGUGCUACAUGCGGUGGGGGCGGUGAAGAAGCUCCUCCUGUAAGCUGCUGCGCCUGUGGAUGCUGCGGCAAUGGUUGUAGCUGGGGAAUAUGCGAUCUGUGCCGUCAACCUUCAUGCCCUGGGUGGUGCGGAGGUGGAUGCCAGUGUGCUAACUGCUGUGGAGGCUUUGGACAACCAAUAGCAUGUAAUGGCUGUAAUAGUGCAUGCUGUCCUGCUGUUACCUUCCCUUGUACCUUCGGAGCAUGCGUGAACAAUCCUUGUUGUGAGUGCUGCAGAAAGCCCGCACCUAAGGGUAAAUGCAAGUGGCCUUGCUUAUGGCCUUGCUGCUGUGAAUGCACACCACCAAAGUUCAAGUUCAAGCCUCUGAAACCCAAGCCUGUUUGUCACUGUCCUAAUCACUGCUGUGGGCAUAAGAGAACAGUUCCCAGAGCCUUGUGCAAAAAGAACUGCCUUGUUCCUCUUGCUCCCGUCGUUACCCCAGCGGUUAGCCUCGUCCCACAAGGCCUAGUGGCACCUCAAGGGCUAGUGGCACCUCAAGGGCUAGUUGCACCUCAUCCAUUUGUAGCAGCUCCUCAAGCAUUUGUAGCAGGACCUCAGCCAUUAGUAGCUGCCGCACAUCCGUACCUAGCAGCAGCUCAGCCAUUUGUAGCAGCAGGCCAUCCAUUUCUACCAAUGGCUGCACCUCAAUUAGUGCCCCUUGUUGCAAACCCGUGUUGUGGUGGCUGUGCACCUCAGUUGGUUCCAUAUCAGGGUUAGUUUGUUAGAUAAGCAUUGAUACUCAACAUCUUAGGGGUCUGUAUAUAUGGACACCCUUUUUGUGGCAARGAAAACUCGAGUCCAUUAUAAAUCCAGUAAUGAAGACAGACUUCGGAGGGGAAACCCUUUGCAAAUGAAAAAUUUGUAGAUUUCAAUUACAAUCUAUUGAAACAUCACUUCAUUUGUUAGAAUUAGAAUUGUUAUCAGCAUGAAAAUCKAAUAAAGUAUUUCCCUAUACUACUUUGAUAAGUUGUUGUUCAAUAAAAGACGUCUUUACAGACUAA